AUGGAUUCAAACGAGGAAUUUGUUGUUGUUAACGAAGAAAAUGAUAAUCGUCGUGAUGCUGUGGCCCGCCUCGAUGUUCUGGUUGAUUUAUUUAAGCAGACAAUACGCACUCUCAAUCAAUCGAGUAUCCUGCUGAAGGAUGAAUUACAAACUGCCAUCACUGUAACCCUGCAAAGUAGUACACCAGAUCAUUCAUCUACUGUUGAACACUUAGUUAAGCAGCUAGAUGAUAUUUCGGUAAGCCCCGAGGAAGUGCGGAAGACCUACGUGAGGCAGCUGUGUUCACGACUAGUUGCCGUCAAUGAAGAGAAGCAAGUUGUUAUGACAGAGCUAGUGGAAUUAAAUAAUCAGCUUCGUAAAGCAGAAGCAGAGACUCGAAAAUGGAAAAAAGUCAUUGAACCGAUUUUGAAGAUUGAAACAGAGAUCAAAAAGUUUGACUCAAUGCUCUCUUCUAAAGAAGAAUCUGUUUUGGACGAGACUGGAUCACUUCUUAGCGACGACAGUACAGUCGAUGAUGUGUGCAACUUCCUUAAUUCUAUGCAUAACAGAAUUCAGACCUUGCACACUGAGGCAUCGGCAAUGAAAAAAACCGAUAAAAGCACUUCGGAGACAUACACUCAAGUUUAUUUGGCGAACAAGCUCCAAAAUUCCCCUGAUAAACACUGCAUGAACAAUAUGAACUCGAAUGGUAUUCAGGUGGAUAGUCACACAUUAAAGUUUGUUACUUGUUUACCAGAUGAGAUCCCGUUGCCAUCUGUGGUUUCUUCUAAUACCCCAAACCACGAAACUCCAGCCUAUACUAACCUUUCAAAAGAGGCGAUUGAUCAGGCUUCACUAAUGAGAAAUAUUGAUUUGAAGGAACUUGUUCGUGAAGAGGUCUUACGUAUCUUAAGUGAAAGGAAUCAAGAUUUUUCAACACCUAGCACAACAACUUCAGUAGCAUCACUGUCAGAUGAUAAACUCUUAGCUCCAGUAGCUAACACAUCACCUACUCAACCCGAAACUUCUGUAACACACAAUGUUCCAAGUGCACCAAGUAUUUUAAAUCUUUGGCCACAUCUUUCUUUUAAUGGUGUCUCAAGUAAACAUGUACCCCCUCCAUUGACAGCUGGUGAAGAAGUAACAGAAAUUUCCAACAUCAGCGAAUUUAAUUCAACUCCAUCUGCUCCUGACAACAGUUCAGAGCAAUUGACGGAGAAUCAAGACAAUCGUUCCAACUAUGGGUCAUGGUUAACCGAACUGGGUCUCAAUCCUUGUGAGGAGUCGUUCAACAAACCUAUGGAGAGGCCAUCUGUUCCAAGUUAUUCAGUUGAUGAGGAACAACCGUGGUGUCCUGGAUGUCAUCAAAUGUUUGCAUCCCGAGCUGAUCUAGAAGAACACCUCACUGAUUGUUUAUUGUGA